AUGGCUCCCCCAAUGCAGCAAAGUCCUUCUUCUUCUUUUGAGUCCGAUCCAUCUGAACAAGGCAGAGGAGGUCAGUCAUCGCAGCCUGUUGUACAGAUUGAUCUUUCCAAUCGCCUUGCCCAGGCACUUUCUUAUUUACGUGCGGGGUUCAAGGUUGAAGUGUGGGUCCUGAACGUGAUUUGGCCUGGUGUAUGUGGAGAACUGUUAUGGUAUGAGUGGUACCAUCGCGGCAUUCUCAGUUCGGCUGAGAUUAUAGCCCUUUGCACCAUGAGCCUUGAUCAGAAUUCCAAUGACCGCAGGUUCGACUGUCCCGUAUUUGUCGCGGAAACUCGACAUGGCUGGCCACGCACUUGUAACAACGUGAAGAGUAUGAACAUGUCGGAGUUGCGACGCCAUUUGACAGCCCGGCCAGGUCGUGGUUAUACACCUCAGCUGGCAUUUUUGGGGCUCUGUCGUACUUGCAACGACGAUUUUAUCGACAAGGAAGUGUUCGAGUCUCAACAUGGCUACAAAGGAGAGUUUUGCAACAACCGGAAACCCGGGCGCAGGCGAGCUAAUGCGCAAGUGCAAUGGCAAUUACUGUAUCACAAAGUUGAAGAAGCCAUGACUUCUCAACAUCUUCAAGCACACACACCUCCCUUCUCAAACAAUUCUGAAAAUGUUGUAGGAAGUGCUAUCCGAGAAGAAAAUGACAAUUUUUCCGCACUUCCAUUCACGUCUCACAACAAUGGAAUCGAUUCUCCUGCCUCUGGCCCUAUCCUACGUAACCAAAGCAAGGCUAUACCUUAUCUCACACCUUAUCAACUGAUUGUAGAUUCAGAUUCCGGGGAUGAGGGACCAAGUGUAGAGCCACAGCACACUUCCUCGUCUGUUGCCAAUGGGAUGAACAAAGAACUCUUACUUGAUACAAGGCCAGAGAUUGGACAUAGUCGCAGUGGGGUUCAGAAAGACGUUAUGUGGCUAGGACACGUUCAAAACUCUCAAUCUGACGAGUUUGUGGGAUCUAUGCACUACCGUCAUUGCCAGACUUGGGAUAACCAAAAGGAUGUCGAUGAAAUUGGAGGAAAUUCCCAAGCUAUCCGGAUGAGCCCAGGCAUUCGGCAUAACACCCUCGGCAACAGCUCUGAAGCAACUUCUCCUCUCAUUUCGGACACUGUUCUGUCACGACUACAGGGCUCUACAAGAGAAUAUGAACCUUCGUACCACAAGCAGGCCAUCGGAUCUGAGCGGCUUCAAGAGAUUGAAUUAGAAGAUGCUAGGACUCAGAGGUAUUUGUCCAUCUCCGAUUUUUCGACCGCGAAUCAUGAUACCGCUUUUUCCACAUCCACCCAAAGACAUAACUCCGUAUCUACCCGAGGAUCAAUGUAUCGCUCCUCAUUGAUCUCCAACGACACAAUACCUUUCGACUACCUCAGCUACAUUGAACGAGUAGAGUCUUUCGAUCCAAUAGACUAUAGUUUAAGCCAAAACUCUUCGAUAAGCCAAAACUCUUCGAUAAGCCAAAACUCUUCGAUAGAACGAAGCUCUUGGAUAAGCCGAGACUCUGGAUAUUUUUCACAGGCUAGAAGUGUCGCUCCAUCAACUCCUCCUCCGAAUUCAUCCUCCACCACUUUCUUCUUUCCUCCAAGCAAAGAAAGUGAGUCCAAUUCAGAAUCAGUUUGGUGUGCAGAAUGCGAGACUGCUUUUGCCGGUAGAUACAGAAAAGGAAAUCUUAGGAGGCAUACGAAGAGCGUGCAUCAGACGAUGCGUAAAACGCUCACCUGCGGUGCUUGCCAAAAGACCUUUACUCGGUCAGAUGCUUUACGAAAACACAUGCGCAUGAAGCAUCCAGAAAGUCCAUUCCCCUCGUCCAAACAAACAAGCACCACACAAUCUUCGAGUUACGAGCAUAGUGUUUCCAUAUAUUCCGAAACAUCACUAGACCCUCCCCCUGGUGACUUUAGAGGACUAACAGUCUCGUUUUGA